AUGUUCCGUUGUAGAACAACUUUCUGUCAUUUACACGCCCGUGCUCAAUUCUUAUCUACAGCACCCAAGCCGUCAAAAGCCCAAGAUAAGAUCACUUCCGAGCCUAAACAAGAGCAAAACAAGCACUCUCCCACGAAUCCUCUUUCAAACGAAGACAACAAACGCCACCCAGUCCCACACAAGACCAAAACCGUCACCGAGGCGGACGCUGAGCUGCGCGAGCGAUUGGAACAAAUGUCUGGGGAAGGAGGGGCUUCUGGGAUUGAAUACGAAGAUGGAAAGGCCAACGCCAUGAAGCGCGGUGUGCGAAACAAUAUGUUCCGGUUGAUUUGA